CCCAGUCACCUUUUAUACUGUUUAUAUUCUAAAACGAUUAGUUAGUGUUUUAAUUGUAUGUGAUGAGUUAAAAAGGUCUACAACUUAGGGACAGGUUGUUUUUCUGUAGUAAUAUUUCUUUGUAAUAGUAAUAACUUAGUGGUGCAGUUUAUGGUAUAAACAAUUGGGUGGUAAGGUGAAGAUAUGAACACAACGUUUUUAAAUUUGCUUCCAUACAGACUGCAAUUGCGAAAUGUGAUAUCUAGACAGUGUGGUGCAUAUUACAGCACUGUGAAGAAUAAAGAUGUAUUCGGGUGUGGAGCAUAAAAAAGGUUAAAUUUUAUCAAAUGGAAAAAAUACCUGAAGAUAUAUGGGAUGAUAAAAAGGACCCCAAAUAUACAGGUUAUGAAGAAGUAAAAAAUUGUUGGCAUCAUGUUGAAAGACUAUUUCCAAAAUUAAGAAUUCCAGAUCCUCCCAAGAAGGUUUCAAGUAUGGGGUGGAAAGCACCUGCAGAAAAUCUGCCAGAUUUACCUUAUUUUAUUGAGAGGUCUAAAAAUCAUAUGCUGCCUGUUUAUCCUUCACGUGUAUAUAAGGACAGAGUACUUGUAACUCAAGUACGUAGAGUUCUUGGUGAUAUUUGGGUUUUUGAAUAUGAUAUGAAAAAUUACCUUGAAGAGAAACUGAAUGAAAAAGUUGAAUCCCAUGUAAAUGAAAUAGCAUGUUAUGUAAAUUUUCGAGGAAAUCAUGUUGACUUAGUUAAAGAAUGGCUGUAUAAUAAAGGUUUUUAAUUUCUGAUGAAA